AUGCCGAUCAAAUCGCUGGACGCCUUUGCGACGGAGCGACGGCUGUUCAAGCCCCAGGCCCUCUCCGGUCUCAAUGGCUCUAUUCUCGGCAUUGACGCGGACCACUACUUGUCUGUCAUUUCCGCUCUGGCAGCCACCUACCCUCAGGUGGUCACUGGAGGAUCUUCUCUGCCGCCCAAGGUGCGAGACGUGCUUCUUAGGGACCUCACCACCCUCAAGUCCCACAAGAUUACACCCUAUUUUGUCUUCCGCGGACUUCCGGCUGCUUCGGCCAACCCCCACCUCUUCAAGCAGUAUGACCUCCAACAUGCUGAGAUGCGAAGCCAGCGACGACAGGCUGCCUGGAACCAGUAUGAGGCUGCAUCCACCGAGGCUGAGCAUGCCACACUCGCAGCCUUCCAUGACUCGGGUCUCAACCCUGUAACCACCUCCGCAGCGGUGUUCAGAAACAUCACUGGUCUCUUGGCGGAGAACAAUGUGGAGUACUCGGUCGCCCCCUACUAUGCAUGGGCCCAGUUGGCUUACCUGGUCAGCACCGAACGCAUUGAUGCUGUUCUGGGCCCCUCAGAACUGCUUCUGGCUCCCCAUGUGGACAAGAUUCUAGUCACCAUGGAUGACAAGAACGCCAGCGUGCUCCACAAGAAGGCCCUGCUGCAGGAACUCGGCGGUCUCACUAAUGAACUUUUUGUUGAGGUUGCUUUGGCCGCCGGCUGUGAUCUCACUGGAAACUACACCUUCCCUCCCUUCGAGCACCCUAUCAACGUUAUGGGUCAGCCCACUACUCCGAUCCGAACCGCUGCCGACUCGCUCGCCCAGUACCCCUCUAUCUACACCGCUGUGGCUACCUACGGCGCUGACCAGGGCGUCUUUGCCGCCCGGUUCAGACGUGCAUUUGCAGCAUUCAAAUUCUGCCCCGUUCUUCACGCUGACGGCCAUGUCGGCCCUCUGCCAAACACUGGCGACGUGCCCAACGACUCACACGACUUUCUGGGCCAGCGACUCCCCGAUGAACUCAUCUACUACCAGAAUGCUGGUCUCAUUGGACCUGACCUUCUCACUGUGAUCGUGUCUGGCUUUGCUGCUGAAGAGGCCGGCCUGGACGGUGACGCUGAUAUCGAGUACCGAACUCUUGUCAAGAAGCUGCCCGAUACGUACUCCAAGUGUCUCAACCUCAUUACCCAGUCUCUGCACCGAUACUAUCACUACAAAAAGUACAACAUUGUGUAUUUCUGGCAGCCCGAGACCGAACACAGCCUCAAUUCGCAGUUCCAGCCUGCUCUCUACGUGGGUCUUAACUGGAAGACCGACAAGCUUGAUGGUCUUUCUUCCAAGCCCGUGAGCGCUGUCAAUGUGUCGUCUGUGUUGGACCUCAUUUCAAACAGCUCUGCUGACUGGAAGAAGGCUUCUCUUACCACUGACCACAAGGUGCUGCUCUCAACAAACACACAGAUUCUUGCAAACACUAUUUUGCGACUUCUUCAGCUUGAGGGCUACAUUGACCCCAAGACUCACUCUCUGACCAAGUGGGGAGAGGUGCUACAGGCGUUCGGAAAUGAACCUAUGGCUCUCCCCAUUCUAUCCCUGUUGAGAAACAAGCUACUUGACAACAAACCUCUGACCCCUCAGUCUGUCACCGCCUUUGCUCCUUCUGCCUCCCCACUUCUUCUCAAGGUGGCUGGAUUUGUCAACAGCACCAGUGGCACCUACAGAGGGCGGUUCAGCCGACUGGCCCUUGCGAUGUCCGGUAUCGCUGCCACUCAGACCCGAGCUACUCGAUGGCUCCUGGAAGCAACUCUUUUCUCUCUACUUUCCUAUGCUGCUGACAAGGGACGAGAUGCCUCAGUUUACGAGCUUGGUCGAGCUCUUCCCUUCAACACUCUUCCCUCUUCCAUCACCGUUAAUGUGAUUGACCAGCUGCUUCGUGGAGCUGCUCUGGAGGACGUCGCCAAGGUGUGCUACCACGGUGACUCUGCCGCCAAGAUUGUUUCUGAACAGCUUGCUCAGUUCAAGGCCGUGUGGCAAGCUCUUUUCGCUGCCGCCGAAAAGGCUCAUAUGCUUGACCUGAUCUCGGCUGAUGUGUACAAACAGUUUGUUGAGGCCAACGACGUGUGCAAAAAUAAGUUAUAA